AAUCGUUUCCUUUACGACCGACAUACAUCUUUUCGGUUUUGCGCUUUUUCUGGUUGCGAUUGUGAGUGUGGUGUUGAAUUUUGUGUUGAACCCGUCGAAACCGACGAAAUAAGCACGUAAAUUUGAUGGAAUGACUGGUUGGGAAGUUUGCUGUUGACGGUCUGUACGAGAAUAAGUGAGAAAAUGGCAACUCUUGGACAUCAGGCAGCUGCGGCUUUGCUUGAUUUCACCCAGAAGCUCGACAUAAAUUUGCUUGAUACGGUGGUUGGUAGCAUGUAUGAAGGGAACGGAGAGACGCAGAGGAUCGCGCAGGAGGUGCUCACGACGCUGAAGGAACACCCGGAUGCCUGGACGCGAGUGGACACGAUUCUGGAGUUUUCCAAUAACCAACAGACCAAAUAUUACGCCCUUCAGAUACUCGAACAGGUUAUAAAGACCAGGUGGAAAGUGCUGCCGCGGAAUCAGUGCGAAGGCAUCAAGAAGUACAUCGUUUCGCUGAUUAUAAAGACCAGCUCGGACCCGGAAACGCUCGAAGCCAACAAAACCUAUUUAAAUAAAUUAAAUAUGAUUUUAGUACAAGUCUUGAAACGCGAGUGGCCUAAAAACUGGGAGAGCUUCAUCCCGGAUAUCGUCGGCGCGAGCAAAACCAACGAGAGCUUGUGUCAGAAUAACAUGAUCAUUUUGAAACUGUUGAGCGAAGAGUUGUUUGAUUUUUCGUCAGGGCAGAUCACGCAGACCAAAGCGAAACACCUGAAGGACACAAUGUGUCAGGAAUUUUCGGCGAUUUUCCACUUGUGUCAGUUCGUCUUGGAAAACUCGCAAAAUCCGCCUUUGGUCAACGCCACCCUCGAGACUCUCCUGCGGUUUCUAAACUGGAUUCCGCUGGGGUACAUUUUCGAAACGAAAUUAAUAAACACGUUGAUUUAUAAGUUUCUAACUGUUCCUAUGUUUCGAAAUGUUACGCUUAAAUGUCUAACUGAAAUAGCAGGGGUUACCGUUAGUAAUUACGACGAUAUUUUUCUCACUAUGUUUACGCAGACGAUGGCUCAGUUGGAAAUUAUGUUGCCGCUGAGCACCGACAUCAAAUCAGCGUACGCCGGGGGCCAAGACCAAGAACAGAACUUCAUCCAGAAUCUCGCUCUGUUCCUGUGCACGUUUCUCAAGUCGCACGGGAACCUAGCGGAAACCGCGGGUCAAGUGGAAGCCCUAAAGUACGCCCUACGCUACCUAGUUUUAAUAUCAGAAGUAGAGGAAGUCGAAAUUUUUAAAAUCUGUCUCGAGUAUUGGAACACUCUCGCGUCGGAGCUAUACCGAGACGUCCCCUUCUCCGGUUCUUCUCCGAUUUUUUUCGGAACCCGGCGGGCGCUCUACCAAGAAGUAUUGAACAAAGUCCGGUAUAUAAUGAUUUCGCGAAUGGCUAAACCCGAAGAAGUACUAGUCGUCGAAACCGACAACGGCGAAGUCGUCCGAGAGUUCAUGAAAGACACCGACUCGAUAAACCUCUACAAAAACAUGAGAGAAACCCUGGUAUACCUGACUCAUCUCGACUACGCCGACACGGAACGGAUAAUGACGGUCAAACUCCAGAACCAAGUCAACGGAAGCGAGUGGUCCUGGAAGAACCUCAACACCCUAUGUUGGGCUAUUGGUAGCAUAUCGGGAGCGAUGCACGAAGAAGACGAAAAGCGUUUUCUCGUCACCGUGAUCAAAGACUUGCUGGGUUUGUGCGAGCAGAAACGAGGCAAAGACAACAAAGCUAUCAUAGCUUCCAAUAUAAUGUACGUGGUGGGCCAGUACCCGAGGUUUCUGAGGGCGCACUGGAAAUUUUUAAAGACUGUCGUUAAUAAACUGUUCGAGUUCAUGCACGAAACGCACGACGGGGUUCAGGAUAUGGCUUGUGAUACGUUCAUCAAGAUCGCGUUGAAGUGCAGACGACACUUCGUCACGACGCAAAUCGGCGAAUCGUGCCCUUUUAUCGAGGAUAUAUUGAGUUCAGUUUCGACUAUUAUAUGCGAUUUGCAGCAGCAGCAGGUUCAUACGUUUUAUGAAGCUGUGGGGUACAUGAUUUCGGCGCAGCUGGACACUGCGACGCAGGAGGCGCUAAUCGAAAAGUACAUGAUGCUUCCUAAUCAGGUUUGGGAUGAUAUUAUUAGUCAAGCCAGUAAGAAUGUGGAUAUAUUGAAAGAAAUCGAUGUUGUUAAACAAUUAGCUAGUAUUUUAAAGACAAAUGUUAGGGCCUGCAAAGCUUUAAACCAUGCGUAUGUGCUGCAGUUAGGGCGAAUAUAUUUGGAUAUGCUUAACGUGUAUAAGGUUAUGUCAGAAAAUAUAACAGCAGCCAUUGCAUUGAACGGCGAACUAGUAACAAAUCAACCACUAAUCAAAGCCAUGAGAGUGGUAAAGAAAGAGACUUUAAAAUUAAUAUCAGACUGGAUAUCGAGGACGCACGACCAUGUCAUGGUUUUGGAAAAUUUCAUACCUCCAUUUUUAGAUGCCGUAUUACUAGACUAUCAAAGAACGGCCGUGCCGUCGGCGAGAGAACCCGAAGUUCUCAGCGCUAUAGCAACCAUAGUUAACAAAUUAGAAAUGCACAUAACAUCAGAGGUUCCAAAAAUAUUCGACGCCGUGUUCGAAUGCACGCUCGCAAUGAUCAACAAAGACUUCGAAGAGUACCCCGAACACCGAACGAACUUCUUCCUCCUCCUGCAGGCCGUCAACAACUUCUGCUUCCCCGCCUUCCUCAGCAUACCCCCGGCCCAGUUCAAGCUCGUGCUCGACAGCAUCAUCUGGGCGUUCAAGCACACGAUGCGCAACGUCGCCGACACCGGCCUGCAAAUUUUGCUCAAGCUCCUCCAGAACGUCGAGCAGUUCGAACACGCUGCUCCCAGCUUCUAUCAAACGUACCUCACCGACAUCCUGCAGCACGUGUUCUCGGUGGUCACGGACACGUCGCACACGGCCGGCCUGUCCAUGCACGCCACCAUCCUGGCGUACAUCUUCUCGCUGGUGGAGGCCGGCAGGGUCAACUGCCAGCUGGGGCCGACGCCGAACAACGUGCUCUACAUCCAGGAGUUCACGGCCACGCUGCUGCGCUCGGCGUUCCCGCACCUCACCGACAACCAGAUUAAAAUUACUGUGCAGGGGAUGUUCAACCUGGACCAGGACAUCCCGGCGUUCAAGGAGCAUAUGAGAGACUUCCUGGUGCAGAUUAGGGAGUACACCGGGGAGGACGACUCGGAUUUGUACUUGGAGGAGCGCGAGAAGACGCUGCAGACAGCGCAGGCCGAGAAGCGCCGAAUCCAGCUGUCGGUACCUGGAAUCCUAAACCCUCACGAGGUCCCCGAAGAGAUGCAAGAUUAGCAGUCUAACUUGUAGAGAACUAUUGUACACUAAUAAUCUAAAUCUUAUAAUUUAGAACGAUAUUUUUGUAUUUGUAUCAUCAUAAACUACGCUGCAUUGUUGUGUGCAGUCUCUAGCGAACGUGUUUUGUGCGAAUUGGAAUCCUGGAAAUUGCUUUCUGUUUGAUUUUUUUAUACACAAUAUAAUUUUAAGUAAAGUUGAAUUUUCUUUGUACUGUUAUACAUGUUUGCAUUUUUUUUUUUUUUUUUAUAGGAAAUGUAACUAAGCACAAAUGUGAAUGAGAGUCACUUGCGUUUAAGUUUGAAUGUAGCCGUUUUUUUUUGUGAAUGGAUGAUCGGCUUUGUGAUUGUUUUAGAUGAAGUUUACGUUUUAUCAGUUUACUAAAUGUUUAAAUUGUAACAUGAAUUUAAGUACUUACUGUUUCAGUUAACAAGGUACACGCAUUCAUUGAUCUAAUAAUUCGAAUUUGAUAGAUGAAAAAUUUGUACAUUUUUAUAACAAAACUUGUGUAUAAAAAAGUAUAUAUAAAAAUAGACAUUUCAGUUGUUUGCAUUUACUAUACAGUUAUUUUUUCGUUCGUCAGUUUUUAUAUCUAGACUGCUGUAUAUAAUGAAGCCAUUAUUUGGGUUGUGGUACGUUUGUUUUUAAGCAAAUUUGCCAGAUUUAUUUAUUACGUUCUUUUGUAUCAGUAUGUCAAAAGAAAUACACUUUACAUUAUUGUAUUAGAACUUAGUUGCGUUUUGUAUAAAUGCUUUUCAAAUUGCUUUGUCAAUCCAUUGAUAUAUUUUAGUCUAUAUAUAACACUGUACCUAAGGGUGGAGUCCCAAGGUACAAUGAUCUGUAGUGUAGUUGUUAAUAAUUUGUGAUCAAUUUCAGUAAUAAAAUACACAAAACUGAAA